AUGAGAAAUGAUGAAGGCAAGGGUCAGUCAAAGGAAGAGGAAGCAAGAAGUAAAGAUUCUCGUGUCAUAAUUAGCUCUAAACAAUUGCAAACUAAUCAGUCAAGUACACGGCCAUCUAAUGCACCUUCCUCUGAUGAACAGUCAUCAGAUACACAAUCUUCGAUUGUAAGCGUUGACAACGAUGUCUCUUCAGAGAAGAAAAAUAAAAACGUGCAAGAAAAAGUAAAAAAUGACAAUAGUAACAAGGUACUGAGAGCGCUUACCUCGCCAGGUGGUCGAUCUCCUGAACUUUCAAAUGUGCGAAAAUCAUCUAAUUGCUUCUCUUUUCAAUCAACUAGAGGUUUAUUUAAAUCUUCUUCUGAAAAAUCAGCUGUUGAAAAUACCUACUUGUUUAAUAUGGUAACAAUCAAAGCAACUAUUUCAUCGUUUAAACCAUUAAGACUAGUGAUGAAGAAAUCCACAAGUAUACGUGUACUGAAAAACUAUUUGCAAUCACGACUUGGUGGUGUCCAUCAAAUUAUUCUCGUUCAUGGCAAUAAAGAGUUAAAGAAUGAAUAUGGUUCUCUAGCAUCUGCUGGCGUUGUUUCAGACAGCAUUUUGUGGUUGUUGGUGAAACCAGUUGCUGGUAAUAAUGACCGAGAAGAGAUAGCUUCGCUAAUACGUAUGUCACAAUCACUUGCAAAUCUGCGGAAUUUAAUACGUGCUUUGCCACCUAUGGAUAGCGCUGAAUCAAACUUAUCAGAGUCAGUUGAAUAUGUCGAAACCUCAUCUCAAGGACAAAAAGAAGAAGAACAUGAACAAAUAAGGCGGAAAAUGAAAUUAAUAAGACAACGUCGAAGAAAGAUCCGAAACGAAAUUGAUAAUAGAACGUCGAACAAAUGUACCAAAAAUUCAUUAGAAAAUAGCGAAAGAAAUACUUUAGAAGAAACAAAUGAAAAAGAAGAGUUGUCUGAGUUACUUUCGCCAUCCGAUAGUCCUUGCACCUCACCUGUUGCAACUCCAACUGAUCCUGCUGACGUUGUUGAACAAAAAGAAUUAGCAACGUAUUUCGACCCACCAGAAACCAUAAAAGAAAAGAACUUUCAGGAGGAAUUAUUUGAUGUUCCUUCGAAUCAGAGUGAGCUACUGCAGAUAAAAGAUGAAGUGAAAAAUAAACGAUGCGGUAUGUGUCGAAUCAAAUUACGUAUAGCCGAUAGAGAAAUGCAGUGUUUAUGUGGGCAUGUCUUUUGCAGUAAGCAUCGUAAUCCACAAUCUCAUAGAUGCAGUAUAGAUUUAAAAACAGUCGGUCGUGAGCACAUAAAAAUGUCAUUACCCAAAAUGGUGCGAGACUACCCAAGAUCAAAAACAUAG